AUGUGCACUUUAAGCGUGAACAUUUCCAACCUGGAAAAUUCGGUUUCGCGCUUGCGUCGAAAGAUCAAGAGAGCCUUUUGCUACCCCUACCCCGCCAUGGUUGUUGCACCCAGCGAGUCCACUGCCUCCAUUGGAGACGAAGAGCUGGGCGUUUCGAAUCCGUCAAUGGUUAACCACCUUUGCGACUCGCUCCAGGCAAACGCUGAGCAUUUUCAGCGAAUGCCUCCGAUCGUCUCUCGACGCCCUGAUCCGCGACGGCUGUUUAUCUCGCUUUUGGACCAUCAGGAGAUAUCGGUCGAAAAGUUUACAGUUGUGGCUCACCUCUCAGGCUUCCGACGAGUAAACAACUUGCUCAUCUUCUGCUGGUUCUUCGUUGGCUGCGUCUUCUCCCUGGCCUGCAUGAUAUUGAUCCUAAUGGUCUUUCCGGCUCGACGACGAUGCCUUGGCGGACGCUUCGCGCGCAGCGUGAUUGCGCCACCCGCCGGAAACUUGUCAAUUUCUUUCAACGAGAUGGAUUUUGGCUACGACUCUUUUGACCUCGUCAACGCCGCCACCACCAACUCCACAAUCGUCGCCAACUCGACCGCCGCCGCCGCCAACUUGACCGCCACCAACCUGACCGCCACCGACUACAUCCUCUACGACGAUGAAGAUUUCGGCUCUGGCGACUUUGGCUCUGGCAUGGAUGUCGUCUUCGAGUCCUUUGGCUUCGACGAAUCCGACGGCGACUACAAGGGCGAGCUCUUUUUCGACAUGGUUGUCGGAUCGCUUGCCGCCGCCUUCCGAGCCCUUUGGAUGUCGAAAUCGGCCGAAAAAAUGAUUGGCAAGACCGAUCUUUCAACGGUCACUGAAGAGUCUACGAUUCAGUCCCACGAUCCAGAAAAAUUUUACGCCAGAAUCGACCCACCAAGCAAGCCUCCACCGCCGCGAACUCUCAAGACACCAGCAGAGUUUGCUCCGCCAAGCAAGCCGCCUCCGCCGCUUCACAAGCCACCACCACCGCCGCCUGAUGCCGAUGCUGUACGGGAGCCCGUACGGGAGCCGAAGCACAAAGUUUUCAUCCGAGGGCGGCGGCUCGCACGUGAGCCCGUACGGGAGCGCAAGAACAUUACGCCGCCAGAGUCUCUCAUCGACGCGCCGUCGCUCAGCGUCAUCGGACAUUGCGGAGAUCGCCAGGAUCCGCGAAAGCUCAGCGACUCCAGCGAAGACGAGCAGCCAAAAUACCGGCAUCAAUUCCGCAAUACGAACCGCGGACGAGGUCGUGGACUAUUUGGAUCUUGUGGGCGCCCUGCUGCUGCUUACAAAAAGCGCGACGACGACGACGACCUGGACGCUCUCGCAGAGCAGUUUGUUCGAUUCAGCGUUGCACCUAAACGUCCACAACCUCCGCCGCGAGCCGACCGCCAGCGACUGCUCGCCGAAAAUGCCAAGGCUCUCAACGAAGCCGAAAGCGCCCGAGAAGCAAUGGCGAGUGCUCAAGCCAAGCCUCCCCCACCGCCGCCAAGCGCUAACUUUGGUCUCGCGGACGAUGUCGAUGCUCUCUUUGUGCGUGAUAACCCCGAGCGCGCCUUUGUCAGCGGCCUCGCCAAGACCAAUCAUCACCGGCUCUUGAACUUCAAGCCGUCGUUGAAGAUUGCGUGCGCCGACAAUCCAUCCGCCGUCAGCAAAAACAAGUUCCAGCUCCAGGUCGUGACCACACACCGAGUCAAAAUCCUUGGAGGGGAAGGCUUGCUCGACAUGACCCAGAAUUCGACUACGACCACUCCAAUCAACUGGGACGGAAGCUUGGAGCACAAGAGCAGUGUUCAGCGAAUCAACAAUUAUUACAAUUAG